UAAUCUCUCUCAAAAAAGAAAAGAAAUGGAUGAUCUUGCUCUUAUCUUUUCUCAUCAUAAUAAUAAGACAUCAAGAAAACAACUUCAUGAAGAAGAUCAAGUUCAUGAAAAGGCAAAUUCUUUAUCUUGCAUAAUUUCUUUCAACAAUAAUUUUGAAAAUUCUUUGUUAAUCCCAAAAGGUGGGGCAAAUAAUACUAUAAGUUUUUCUAAUAUUAAUAAUAAUACUAUUGGUACACAAUUUGGAGGAAACACUAGAAGGACGGGGGAGCAAGCACAUGAACAUUUGUUGGCUGAAAGAAGUAGACGAAGGAAGAUAGCUAAGUUGUUCGUUUCGUUAGCUUCUCUCCUUCCUGACCUCAAUAAGAUGGACAAGACGUCAAUUCUUGAAGGGGCGGCCAAUCUCAUUAGACAACUUGGUGAAAGGGCAAAAGAAGAUGAUCAUCAAUCUUCCAUAGACAUGAUGAUGAAGAGUACUUUAUUACCAGAAGUUGAAGUAAAAAGUUUAGAAAAGGAGUUGCUUAUUACAAUAUUAUUAUACUUCAAAAACCAACAAAAAGGAAUUAUUGAUGAAAUAUUAACUAUGAUUCAGAAGCUUCAAUUAACUAUCAAGAUCACCAAUUUCAUUCCAUUUGGCAGCACCUCAAUGCAUAUCACAGUUAUUGCUCAGAUGAACGAGGAGUUUUGUGAAACAACAGAUGUUAUUGCUGAGAAAUUAAGAUCGUCGAUAAUCAAAUUUAAAGUGUGAAGAUUAAUUAAUGUCUGGUCACAGACAAGAUGUACAUUUGUUACUAUGAAAAUAAUAAUUAAUCACUAUAUGCUUUUGUAUUUAACUAACUUAUC